CUUUGUAAUCCCAGUCGCGGAUUUGUAAAUAUGUCCAGAUCCUGAGAAUCGGAGUGCGAUCAUUUAUCUCACCAUGGAGUUUUCACGACAAGAGUACCCUGCUCUUGCGACCCUUUUACACCCAAGCCAAACGGUCGCCGUCAUCAGCGAGCGGCUGAGGUCGAUCACCAAAACCCAUCAAGAUAUUGCAGACUGGCUCCAGGAACGGCGCCGGCUCGAAGAAACAUACUGCCUCGGGCUUCGGAGACUCGCGCGACGUCCUCAGCCGGAGGUGGGGGCCGCAUUGGGGGUUUUUGAGGUGCCAUGGCAGGGUAUAGUAUCUGCAACCGAGUCGUUGGCUCAAUCCCAUGAACUGCUCGCACAGAGAAUCGAGGCGGACGUCGAGAAACCAUUGAAGGAAUAUCCGAUCAAAAACAAGGAUAUUAAGUCGAUGUCUGGCGCCCAGCAAGAUCUUGCGCACCUCGCCAGGUCAUUGGAGGCUGCCCAAAAGAAAGCCGACAAGCUAAAGGACAAAGGGCCAAAGGCGGCAGGGAAAUCGUCCGCGGCCAUGGCUGCCGUUCAGGAGGCGCGAACUCAGUGGGAAUCUAGGGCGCCGUUUGUUUUUGAAAAAUUACAGGCCGUCGACGAGGAUCGUCUGAACCAACUGAGAGACGUCCUCACGCAGUUUCAGACCCACGAAGCGGAUCAGGUUGAGCGCAAUCGCCAGUCGACCGAAACUUGCCUUGACUCAUUGCUCACUGUGGACACUGCCGAGGAAAUCAGGACCUUUGCGCUCAGGGCAAGCGGCGGCCGCACCGCAGGUCUAGCAACCCAGGAACCUCCUACAACCGCUUCCACUCAAGCUGAGAACCCGCCGAUGGACCCCCUACAACCACCUCCAAGAAUCAACGACGACAUUGCUAGCCGGCGUUCCAGCCAUUCCAACCAGCGACGACCCAGCUUCGCCACCGACCAGCAGCCAAAUCCUCAACAGCGACACACGCCAUUGGGAGGGCUUAAACGACUUGGAACAGUGAUGGGCCGGAGACGAAGUAUUGUACAGCCAAAUUCUGGGUAUACAUCCCCAGAGAAAAAGUUUAGAUCUCCAUUUAUGCCCUUCCGUCGCACCGAAUCUUCUCGCAGCUUCCAUCAGGUCGAAAAUCAGCCUACACCACCCAACGGCUUGGCUCCGGUUCGAUCCCGGGAUGGAUCUUCACAACAUCGGCCAGGUUCUUCUGCGACGGGAAGUGUUACCCAGCCCGAACCUCACAUUGACACUGUACUCAACGGGAAUACUAUACCCGAAGAAUCCACGUCUCAAGACACUCCUGCGCCAGCGGUGGAAUCUCAUGAAGAUCGACCAGCGUCUCCAAAGAUAUCAACGGAUGUAGAGGGAUUCUCUGCCAAACCGAAUACUAUCGAUGAGAUAUCAAGAAUACAGCAAGAAGCUGCCCAGAGCGAAGACCCCGGGAUCAAUCUGACAAUCCGCGAUAAACCGAUCCAAGAAGAUGAGGGAGAAGCUCAGCAGGCAAUGAAUGAAAUGGCAAGUACUUUGCGGCGGCAAGCGAAGCAUUCAGGUCUUUCACGGGGCCCGGGAACUGUACGUGGCCGCCGAGACGUUCGGAAUACUAUUUUUAUCCCGAAUCCUCCCGCUCCUGGCGCUGAAAUGCAUAUCGACCCCCUUUCAAAGGCUAUCCCAGAGAUUGUGUCAUCCCCGGCAUCACCAUCGCAGGUUCAACAAAGCCCACCGCCUCCUGGUACACACCAGGAUGACCACACUAUAUCAGAUGUCACAUCUGUCCACUCAUCUCACACACUACAUAGCCUGUCAGGCCCAAUCUCCCACCCAGAGUUGACUGGUCCCGGACUCAAUGCCUCCAUUGUCGAAAAGCUUAACGCCUACGUCUCUGGAGGAGUGGUUACCAAAUGUUUCGUUGUUGGGGAACUUGCUCUCGCAUACAACCCGACAGAGAGUUCAUCCAUGGAUAGCCAAACUGUCCGCCUGGAUAAUUUCCAGAUUUUAGAACGGGUUGCAGCUAACCCUCAAUUUGUCACCGAAGUCUCCACCAUCCCGGUCAAUGGCGCACAACCUCUCGAAUCCACCGAAGACCGAAAAGGAGAAUACAACGUCGCUCUCUCUUCUCUAAGAGGCCCAGCGCCAACGGUUGCUUUUAAAUACCAGAUUCACCUUGACCCUUCAAACUUAUCGGCUUACUGUCCGGUGAUUUUCUCGCCAGUGUGGAAUGAACAAGAGUUUCAAGCCAGCGUUAUCAUCAAUUAUUCUCUCAAUCCGCGAUUCGUUUCAUCUGGCCCACUAACAUCCAUCACCCUCCAAAAUGUUGUCUUGACAGUAAGUCUAGACCUCUCUCCCGUUGACGAAGAGACCAAGCAGCCCCGUGAAGUAGCCCGCGCGACGGCUGCUGCCAUGCAUCCAAAUAUCGGCGCCUCGUUCAAACGAAAAACAUCCUCGAUCGUGUGGCGAAUUCCUGAACUUGAAGUCAAAGCCGAUGGGGAGAACAGGUUCCUUGCGCGGUUUUCCACCACAACCAGCUGGCCCCGCAAAGGAAAAUUGGAAGCAAGGUUCGAUGUAGCCACCAAAGAUACCAGCUUGCGACUUGGUAUCAGUUCACGCUCCCCCAUCACUCAGGGUCAAGCCGAGAGCUUGGGUCCUUCGGCGGAUAAGACCGGGGAAGCCGACGCCAAAACCGCGCAUCCCUCUGAAUUGUGGACUCAACUACUAACUCAGAACAAACUAUCCGUUUCGAGAUAUGUUGCUGUUUGAUCCGAUAUCCGUUCUGCGUCUCGCAUUUUUAGACUACGUCAACACCCCCCCCUCGUUGCUUGCAGCAGAUUAUUGCAUUGGGCCCUGCGCAUAUUUCAUCACGCACAUUCAGGAAUGGAGCAGCUAUCUGGACGCGGUCAUAUUUGUGUGGAGUUGGAUACAAGUGACUAUCAUGGGAUCAAUUUGGGAUGGGAUAAUUUUAAGGCUAGGAUCUUUUCUUUUUUUUUU